GCGGAGUGAAAAAUCCGAACAGUUGAGCGAUAAUUAGCUGAAUGAGGAAGAGGCGCGCGGCUGAAUUCCACCGCUUGGAUGCGCAUCAAACUAGGAAGCAACACUGAGGAAGAGGAGGAGGAGGGGGGCGAAAAGGAGAAAAAAGGAGGAAGAGUCGCCCCCCUCCUSCUCCUCCUCCUCCUCCCAGCAGAAAGUUUGCCCGGACAGGAGGUGACUUGUUGCCCAGGAGGGAGCAACAGGUCGCAGGCAGAGAGGCGAUGGAGACGCGCGGACUUACGCUGGACUUGGUCCGGGCCGGGCUGCUGGUGCCGAGACAUCGUGGCGAGGAGGAGGAGGAGGAGGGUGAUGAAGGCGAGGAGUGAUGAAGUGAAAAAUAAAAUAAAAAAAGGAGAAGAAGGAGGGAGGAAGGAGGCUGCGAACUGGCUCCGAAGAGGAGAGGAAUCAAAAUGGCGUUUCCGAAGGGAUGUGCAAACUUGGACAAACUUUACUCCGGUUCUCCUCCUCCUCCUCUCUCCUCCCUCCUCCUCCUCUUCCUCUCCUCUCCUCACAGGACGGGCUUCGAUGGGGCGGUUCGGCUGGGUUCGGCUCGGCUCCGGGGGGUUCGGUGUGUCUCUGAACCUGAUCAGUAAAGCUCAUCACGUGUUUGUCUCCAGUCUCCAGGGGGACGUGGCCUCCAAGCAUCUCUGCCUUCACGCACACGUUACCGGAUCACCU